ACAUCGCAUCGAAUCGUCUAUCUCGCAAAUAUUGAAAAUCACUUCAUUCGUGCAGCGAAUUUGUGGUUAUCGGUCUGCUCUACAAAGAUUUGAUAAGAGAUAAUAAGUUGCUGAAACUUUAUAUCAUAUAUUUUUACUAAAACCAAACAUGGGUGUCGACUUUUUCGGUUUUGCGUACGCCGCAACUGUUGCCGCUGGCGGUAUUAUGGGUUACGCAAAAGCAGGAUCCAUUCCGUCUCUUGGUGCUGGUCUCAUCUUUGGCUCUAUCUUAGGCAUUGGCGCAUAUCAAAUCAGCAAGGACCCCUCUAACUACCAGCUGAUGCUUGGAACCACCACCGUCUUGGGAGGUCUCAUGGGAUACAGAUUCUACAACAGCAGAAAGUUCAUGCCAGCGGGCAUAGUAUUCGUGCUGUCAGUCGGGAUGCUCGCCAAAAUACUCACUAAGCACGUCGGCUCCUCUCCAGUACCCAUCAAAUCUGGUUAAAUUCAACUGAAUCCAACAUUGCCAUAUUAUGACUUUGCCCAGUGAUUUGAACUAAUAUUAUGUACUUUUCUGAUUCGAAAAUUAUCAAAAUAAUUACGCUUCGUGAUAAUUAUCCGAUAAAUAUCAUGUGUUCUUGUAACAUUUUUCAUUAAAAAAAUAAUUUUAAUUUUUUGGCAUUUAAACCAACUGAGAUCUUCCAUUUUGUUUGUUAUUAUCAAUCGAUAAUUAUCCACCUUUUAUUAUCACGAUAAUUAUCGUGAUAUUUAUCAUGAUAAUUAUCCUUUCGAACCCUGGUACUUCGAUUAACGCUUUAAUAAUGCGAUUUUAAAGCAUUGAGCAAUGAUUUCUUUCCAAAUUUGUUUCUUAGUUUUUUUUUUUUUUUUCAAAGUGGGCAAAGUCACAAUUUAGUAUGGUAGUUUUUGAGAGUACCUUACGUAUUAACAGGAUAAGUAAUAUUUUGGAAAUAAGCACAAGAUCAAAAAAAAUAACCCAUAUGAUUAUGAAAUUUCUGAGUUUUGUAAAUGUUGCAAUAAUAUUUAUUACUAUAAUUAGUUUCGUAGUUCACUGUAGCAUAAUUGGGACAUAUUAUUGAACUUACUUAGAUUAAGUUAAAUAUUGAUGAAGUAUUUCCGAUAUUGUAAGUUGUAUUUUUCUCUUAGUCCUUUCCAAUUCCAACGGAAUUAAAAUCGUUAGAUAUUGGUGAAACCUUGGCUGGCCCAAAAAGUAUAACUAAAGCCUCCACCACACAUAAAGCGUUUUUAUAGCGUGGCGUUAGCGGAGCGCGCAAUCCGCGCUCUUUAUUUCCCGCCGGCGUCCGCUGGGCGCAACGCCGGCGUUCGUCCGGCGCACCGCUUUCAUUGCGCUCCGCUAACGCUCCGCCUACGCUCUCAAAACGCGCAGGUGUGGCCGAGCUUUUAGUGUUCUCACGAUACAUUUACAUUCUGUAGUUUUCUCUUAAAAUGAUUCUGUAUGGUUUAUUUAUGACAUUGUUUCUAGGUGACCCAGAAGAAGCCUGAUGUUUUUUAUAUCUCUAUAUGACGCAAAUAAAGGUGUUGGGACUAAAAAUA